UUAAACAAAUUUGUUAGGUUAGGUUUUGGAUUUUGAAAUUGUUUAGCUGAAAUUUAUAUUUAGAGAUUUGUGCUCAAAAUGAACAACGAAAAGGUUUUAAAUCAUCAUCAACGACUCUUAUUUGAAGAAUGUUAUGAUCCAUUGGAUGAACUACACAAACAAAGAAAAAUAACAGCGCAUUUAUAUAAUGUUGCUUGCAAAAGUGAAAGUCGUGACAAUGUUUCUUACUUGCUAGAAGAAAAUUACAAGAAAUAUAAUACAUUGUUUGAUAAACAAUUGGGCAAUUAUAAUAAAAAAAUACAAGAUGUUCUUUACACAGAAAAUUUAAAGAAAAAUGUAUUAUCAUCAAAAUUAAACAUUAAUUUGUAUAAAAAUGUCAUUAAAACUUUACCAUGCUCCAACCAAAUUAAGUGUACAACAUCAGAAAAUGUAUCUGAAUUUGAAUUUCAAGAAUUUUUGCAGAUAUUUAAAGAUAAUUCAAUAGCAAAUAUUAAAAUGAAUGAAAAUAAAGAAAGGAAUACAUUUAUAAACAGUAAGAAUUAUGAAAACAAAGUUGUGUUAGGAAAAAAUAAUGAAAAUACACAAGAAAUGAGUUCCAAGUAUCAAAAUUGCUUUAAAACUGCAAGGGAUGAAUUAAAUCUGCAAAAUUCAAAGAAGAAUCAGGGUCCUAUAACCUCUUCCAAUAUUGUAGGACAAAAGAGGAAAUUAGGGACCCGAAGAAAUAUUAAUAGUAAAUUUAUAUCACCAUUAUUAUCAAACACUGAUAGUAAUGAGGAAGUAAAAACCGAAGAAUGGCCUUCUGAAAUAGAUGAAAGACUGAAGAACAUUGAUCCAAAAAUGGUUGAGUUAAUUAAAUCAGAAAUUAUGGACUGUGGGCCCAAUAUACAUUGGAAUGAUAUUGCUGGCUUGGAAUUUGCAAAAGAUGCUAUCCAGGAAGCUGUUGUGUGGCCUAUGUUAAGACCCGAUAUAUUUACAGGGCUAAGAAGACCUCCAAAGGGUAUUUUAUUGUUUGGACCUCCAGGAACUGGCAAAACAUUAAUAGGUAAAUGUGUUGCCUCACAAAGUAAAUCAACAUUUUUUAGCAUUAGCGCAUCUUCAUUAACAUCAAAAUGGGUUGGUGAUGGUGAAAAAAUGGUUAGGGCAUUAUUUACUGUAGCUAGGGUACAUCAGCCUGCUGUAAUUUUUAUUGAUGAAAUUGACUCACUUUUGUCACAAAGAAGCGAAUCUGAGCACGAGAGUUCGCGUAGAAUAAAAACCGAGUUUUUAGUGCAAUUAGAUGGCGCCACCACCGAAAAUGAAGAAAGAAUUUUAGUAAUUGGGGCUACAAAUCGACCUCAAGAAUUGGAUGAAGCAGCAAGAAGGCGUUUUGUAAAACGAUUGUAUAUUCCAUUGCCGGAUCAUAAGGCUAGAUCUCAAUUGGUAACUAAACUCAUUGCCCAAGAGAGGCACGAACUAACGGAACCAAAUUUUGAGGAAAUAGCUGAAAAAUCUAAUGGAUAUUCAGGGGCGGAUAUAAGGAAUUUAUGUUCUGAGGCAUCCUUGUGGCCCAUUAGGUCCAUAGAUAUGAGAAUGAUUGAAAAAAUUGAAGCUACAGAAGUUCGACCUUUAAUUAUGGAAGAUUUUCACAAGGCACUUAGCAGAGUUAGAUCUAGUGUUUCUCCAAAAGAUCUUGAACAGUAUAUCAUUUGGGAUAAUACAUAUGGAUCGGGAUGUGGGUUUUGAGUUUCUAUUGUUAAAUAUUGUAAUAUGAGAAGUAUAAUUUAUUUUUAAUCACUUUUUAAGAUAUAAAGAUUUU